AUGGAAAAACAAAGGCUUAGGAGCUGUUUGAAAGCAACUCCAUUUAUCCCCUCCAUAAAUGGAACGCUUCAAACUGCAUCCUCAUUCUACGACCCUGGCAUUAACGUUUUCCGCAUAAUACUCCCGCCAACCAAUUUCCCUUUGAAACCACUUAAUUCGCCAGAAUGGUUAACGGUUUUAAGGACAAUAGGUUUAAUUCAUCAGGUCUCCCAUGAUCACUUCAAGAAAUUUGCAAGAGAGGUUGCACACGAAGCCACUACAGCGCAAACAAAGAGGACAUUUGAGAAGUCACUAGUUCUAGUAAAACAUCUUCUCCACCGACACAAUGUAGUGGCUGAAGGUCUGUUACCUGCCAUAUCCGACAUAACUUUUGUAAGCAGCGAGCGGGCAAGAAAAGGUCUCCGAGAACUUUGCCCGCCAUAUCAGGGAAUGAGGGAUGACCAGAUUCCAUUCUGUGCAUUCAAAGGGGCAGUUCCAUCGGAGUAUGCUGAAAUUGUUUGGACACAGCCCCAUUUACUUCCACGUUGA